UCCUGCCGGUCACGUGACCCCGCCCACCUGACCCGAAGCCGGCGGGCAAAGUGAACAUGAGCUCCCCGCCGCAGGCGGCCCCGACGUGGGCCCUGGCCCUGGUGCUGGCCCUGCAGCUGCGCAGCCUGGAGGCCGGGGCCCACAGAGCCACGGACCCUGACUUUCAGGAGGCCUACUUCGAGCAGCUCCUGGACCAUUUCAACUUCGAGAGGUUUGGGAACAAGACCUUCCGCCAGCGGUUCCUGCUGUCAGAGAAGUUCUGGAAGAGGGGCGAGGGGCCAAUAUUCUUCUACACGGGCAACGAGGGGGACGUGUGGUCCUUCGCCAACAACUCGGGGUUCAUCCUGGAGCUGGCGGCGCAGCAGGGGGCCCUGGUCGUCUUUGCCGAGCACCGGUACUAUGGAAAGUCUCUCCCGUUCGGUGAGCGGUCCAGGUGCCGCGGGUACACGGAGCUGCUGACGGUGGAGCAGGCCCUGGCCGACUACGCGGGGCUGCUCCGGGCGCUUCGGCAGGAACUUGGGGCCCAGGACGCCCCCGCCAUCGCCUUUGGCGGGAGCUAUGGGGGGAUGCUCAGCGCCUACAUGAGGAUAAAGUACCCCCACCUCGUGGCGGGGGCACUCGCAGCCAGCGCACCUGUCGUCUCGGUGGCAGGCCUCGGUGACCCCUACCAGUUCUUUCGGGACGUCUCAGCAGAUUUUGAGGGCCAGAGUCCCAAGUGUGCCCAGGCCGUGCGGGACGCCUUCCGGAAGAUCAAGGACUUGUUCCUACAGGGAGCCUAUGACACGGUCAGCCAAGAGUUCGGCACCUGCUGGCCACUCUCUGGCCCAGGGGACCUGACCCAACUCUUCGGGUUUGCCCGGAAUGCCUUCACCCUGCUGGCCAUGAUGGACUACCCGUACCCUACCGACUUCGUGGGACACCUUCCUGCCAACCCCGUCAAGGUUGGCUGCGACCGGCUGCUGAGCGAGAGCCAGAGGAUCAAGGGGCUCCGAUCGUUGGCCGGCCUGGUGUACAACUCCUCGGGCACGGAGCCCUGCUAUGACAUCUACCUGCAGUACCAGGUCUGUGCCGACCCCACGGGCUGCGGCUUGGGCCCUGAUGCCAAGGCCUGGGACUACCAGGCCUGCACUGAGAUCAACCUGACGUUUUCCAGUAACAAUGUGUCGGACAUCUUCCCUGACCUGCCCUUCACCGAAGCCCUGCGCCAGCAGUACUGCCUGGACACGUGGGGCGUGUGGCCCCGGCAGGACUGGCUGCAGACCAGCUUUGGGGGAGGCGACCUCACGGCUGCCAGCAACAUCAUCUUCUCCAACGGUGACCUGGACCCCUGGGCCGGGGGAGGGAUUCAGAGCAACCUGAGCAUGUCAGUCCUCGCCGUCACCAUCCACGGGGGAGCGCAUCACCUGGACCUCAGAGCGUCCCACCCAGAAGACCCCGCAUCUGUCGUGGAGGCGCGCAGGCUAGAGGCCACCCUCAUCGGCAAGUGGGUCGAGGCAGCGAGGCAUGAGCAGCGGCUGCGGCUGGCACAGCACAGGGGCUCCGAGGCUGAGGGGUGCUCCCCCAGCAGGACCAGGGAGGACUUGCUGGGAGCCUGAGGCGAGUAAGCGGGGGAGGAGCCCUGGCCCGACAUCCUGAACCUGGAGCUCGGCCAGGGUGGGCAGGGCCUUGCCCGAGGGAGAGGCCGGACAAACACUGGUGGCCUGUCAGGCAUGUCCUGUCCCACGUCCUGUCCUGUCUUGAGGCCCUGGACACAGUGAACACACUUACACCACCUCCUAAACUCCGCUGAUAAAUAAAGCAGCGUCCUCAGCU